UAGAGCCUCAAAGGCUCACCAGGCAGACUGACUGCUCCCCUAACGGACACUGCAGACCCAAGAGAACCUGGAAUGAUAGUGACAGGAAUAGAACCAGGGGUGCAAUGGCUCCUCCUCUUGGAGGAGAGAAGAGGUUGCUGGCCCAGCCCCUGAGGGCCACAGAGCUCCGCGGGUCAGCAUCAUGUUCUGUGCUCCUGUCCUACUCAUGCUACUGGCCUACUGCACAGGUUAUGGCACUCAGCCUGUGCUGUAUCAGCCUCCAUCUGCCUCGUCACUCCUUGGAACUGCAGUCCGCCUAACCUGCACCCUGAGAAGUGACCAUAAUAUUGGCUUUUACAGCAUCUUCUGGUACCAACAGAGACCGGGCCAACCUCCGAGAUUUCUGCUGAGAUAUUUCUCAUACUUGGACAAGCACCAGGGCCCUAAGGUCCCCCCUCGCUUCUCUGGAUCCAAAGACGUGUCCAGGAACCAGGGAUAUUUGAGCAUCUCUGAGCUGCAGCCUGAGGAUGAGGCUAUAUAUUACUGUGCUGUGGGGACACAGAACACAGACAGGGAGAAGGAGAUAGAGAAGGACGGGGGGGAAGAAAAGGAUCCUGGUGCUUCAGGGUCCCAAGCACCCAGGGCACAAAUACCUUGACCUGAAGAAGGGUUUGAUGGGAGAAACUGGUAUGGGAGAAGCAUGAGCCCUAGCACUAAGCAGAGCCGAGGGAAACUGCUCACCUUCUCCUUAUCCAGCGGUGUUGCUGUAACCCCACUGGUGGCUGGAUUACAGAAUUAAAGCUGUUUAUCU